AGACUCGCUUAAGGUCGGACUUUCCCUUUAAGUGAUUUAUGCAACAGCAUCUCCCGGUACCUCAGUCUACCUCAGUCAGCACCAUGGACAGCGACCCCGCCAGCUCUCCGGCCGCCUCCUGCGCACCCAGCGGGCCCCGAGGGGCAGGGCACGCUCCUUCAGUAACGACGACCAGCUAAUACAGCACAUCUCCCAUCAUGUUACUGCGGCACUGACAGCUGAACCGUAGACAGCAGGAUGCGGGAUUUCCCGUAGAAACACCCCCGCGUAUUGUUUUUCUUGUCUUAACCCGUUUCCCAGCAGCUGGAAGGUACAGAUGCUCUUUUUUGGCCGAUCACCGGCUGUAAAUGCCUCUAAACGACAGCAGAUGUGACGAGUCUCAUUUGAGGGUCGCUGUGGAGCAAAGGUGGUGAAAUCUCUCCCUCUUCUCCCUCCUCCACGCCCUGUCAUCACUACCAGUAGCUGCCCAGCACCAUGUCUUCUCCACCAUCAGCUGCGACAGCGAGUGAAAGCAGCACCACCACCGUUUUCGAGGAGGACACCAGAGAGGAGCAAAGACCGCUGAAACAAUCUCUGAGCAAGUCCUUAUGUCGGGAGAGUUUCUGGAAAUGCUUCCUCCUUUCCGUUCUCAUGUAUGGCUGCAUGGGAGCCAUGGUUUGGUGUCACAUCACCAAGGUGACCCGUUUCACCUUCGACAGUGCCUUCAAAGGGAAAUCCAAGAUGUACCACGACAGCCCCUGCUCUGAUGGCUACAUCUACAUCCCCUUGGCCCUGCUGGGCAUGCUCUAUUUAGUCUACCUGUUGGAGUGCUGGCACUGUCACGUGAAGAAUGAGCUGCUGCACAAAAUGGAUGUGGAGGGCAUCUAUGAGCACAUAAAGAAGAUGCAGCAGGCUAAGCCCUGCAUCUGGUGGAAGGCCUUCAGCUAUCACUAUGUGCGCCGAACUCGACAAGUCACGCGCUACCGCCGUUAUACUUGCACCCAGGUUUACCACGAGCGCCUUGACACCCACGUGGCAGAAGCAGAAUUUGACUACAGCCACUGUGGUGUCAAAGAUGUUUCCAAACAGCUGCUGGGCUUGGAGAAGUCUGUGCUUACAAAGAUGCGCUUCACCAAGUGUUUCAGUUUUGCCAACGUGGAGUCAGAGAAUUCUUAUCUCACACAAAGGGCGAGGUUUUUCACCGACAAUGAGGGCCUGGAUGACUACAUGGAAGCCAGAGAAGACAUGAACCUGAAGAACAUUGACCUGAAGGAGUAUGUCUUGGUGCUCUGUGACCCAAAGCACCACCCCUGGUAUCUGUCCCACUACGUCUUCUGGUUUGCCUCCUUCCUCACGUUCUCCUGGCCUCUCAGAGUCUUCAUGGAGUAUCGCACUGCAUACGUCCACUAUCGUGUUGAGAAGGUCUUUGGGCACGAUUACCGCCCUGUGUCGCCAUGUGAUGAUCGACGAUACUGGUGUCGUAUCCCUCGAGUUAAAAGCACUGAUGUUACAGAACUGGAGUGGCACAUUUGCUCCAACCAGCAGCUGCUUACCCAGAGGCUGACCUCAUGGAUCUGGCCCAGUGACCGUCCAACUUCAGCGAGAUUCAUCAGAACUGUGAGCGCUGCCACAGAGUCAUCAUCUGAUCCUCAGUGUUCUUUAGAAGCCCCCUCAGCAUCUGCACUUGUGCCAACGUUCCUUUAAGGGAUCCCAUCAUCACCAGAAAAAGAAAUGCUGGAAAAAAGCAGUAACCAGUAUUGCGUUUCAGACAGUGUGGUCAUCAGGGAGGAGGAGCCCCAAAGGUGAAGACUUUGUUGUAGUUUUGUCUCCGUCAAGAAUCCUUUUCUGUGAUUUCUGUUUCUUUAGCCUUCAGGUGACCUGUGUGGAGUCAUUUAUGACCCAAGCCUUAUAUUUAUAUGUGCCUUUGUGAUAUUUUUGAUUGUAGAACUAUUUCUUGCCAUGAUUUUUUUCCCACCUUCUUCUUAUUUUAUCGUUAUAGGCUUUGAUUUUAUUGUAAUUUGUGACUUGUUGGUAAUAAUGUCAUACUUAGGAGUCCAAUUUUGACAGUUAUUAUUUUUAGAUAUUUUAGUAAUCUGGAAAUUUUGAGUGUUUCUGCUCAAAGAAUCAUAUUACACAUUAACAAAUAGAUUUAGUUUGAGCCUGGAAGUAACAAAAGAUGAAAAACAAACCUCCUGACUGUGAUAACUUCACUGUAAUUUGUCGGUGAUCAAAGUGUUAUGGAGUCACCAUUUCAUAGUUCGGUGUUAAAUGAUACAUAAUCCGCUUAAAAGUAUAUUACAUAUACUUAUAUACUUACAUACAUAUUUUUCUAGUGUUACCGAAACAAAGAACUUUUGUUUUGUGAGAAAAAUCAUAGGAUUGUCUAAAUAAAAUGUCAUUUUAAUUGUGCAACUCCUCUUUGCAAGAAAAUAGUAAUAGACGAGUUGUUUGAGGGUUAAAAUGAAGACUAUUUUACUAAAGACUGAUGCUCAGUUACAUUUAUUCAGUGUCAAGUAAGGAAAUAAUGUACUGCAAUGCCGUUAUCAGUGCAUUAAAGUACAUUUUAAUAGCACAUUUAGUCAUUUACUAACACCACAACCCUUCCAAAUGACCCAUAAGAUUUUCCAACAUCCUGCUGAACUGAUGUCCUCCUCUGUUUCAGUAAAGACAAAUUAGAACCAAACAGCUGAACAGGCAGCUUUAGAUCAUACAUAACACAAACAUUACUUUUGUUGUGAGUUGUAAGUUUAAUUGUGACCCAGAAUGUGAUAUAAUUUUGAUGUUUGAUGGAGUCUUCUCUUUCAUGUAUCCCAAUUAUGUGAAGAAAUGUGCUUUUUAGUAAUAAUGCCAGCAUUAAAUGUGCUUCAUAUCAUGUAUGACACAUGACUCGCACACAGGAGGAGCUCUACUUACAAAUAUCUUUAUUAGACUUAAAGAAAUAAGAGUUUUCAUGCAGUAGAUUUGAUGCUUGAUGGUUUCUGGAAACUUUUGCUCCCUUGUUCACCACAUUUCGUGAACACUUAUUGAGGUUCUUGAAAACAUUUUACACGUUGUAUAACAGAUGUAACAUUAGUAAUGUGACUGAUGGUAUUCAUAUUCAAAUUUAAAUAUGUAAAUCAAUAAUAAAAAGUAUUUUAUUUUUACCAUUUCUCUUUGAUGACUCCAGAAUAGAACAGAGAAUCAGAAGUGAAAUUAAAAGUGGGAAAAAACAGAUCAAAAAGACAGAAAUGAGUCAAACAGCUAAAAAAAAUGAAUAGUAAAGAUAAAUUUAAAGAAGCUGAAUAUACAAAAGUUGACAAAAGCUACAAAUAGAACUAAUUUCUUUUGAAAGAAUGUUUAAUGUUUACUCUAUAGAGGGUCCUGGGAAAAAGUAGAUAUACACUUAUUUCUACUUUCCAUUGGAAUUAAGGGUAAGUAGAAGCUGGGUGCUUCUACUUACUAGAGCACAGCUGUGUGACCACCUUUAUAAAAGCAGACGUUUUGGCAGUUUGUGGGUCUGGAGGAUUCACCAGUGUGUUAACAAAAUGCCACAAGCUACAAAGUAGUGAAAAUCCCAGCAAAUUCAAACCAACUUCAGACCGUGCAAUGUUCAGAGAAACUGCAAAAAAGCCCAAGAGCAACAUGUCAGACUCUACAGGCCUCAGCCAGCAUGCUAAAGGUUAAAGUUCAUGGCAUUACAAUUAGAAAAAAAGAUGAAGAAGUAUGGCUUUUAGAGAGAAGUAAGCCGUUUCUCUCUAAAAACAAAACAAAACAUGGCAGCAUGACUUUAUGGCAAAAGCCAAAGACGGCAUAUCAGCACAAACAUGUCACACCAACUGUCAAGAAUGGUGGUGGAAUAUGAAUGAUUUGUGCUUGUUUUGCAACCACGGGACCUGGACACCUUUGAGUCACUGAGUCAACAAUAAACUCAUCUAUGUACCAAAGUGCUGUAUGGUCAAAUGUGAGGCCAUCUGUCUGAGUCCUGUGAAAAAGAACAAAUUUUAAUGACUCUGUAUCAUUUAUAUUUGUGUGUAUGUGCCAUGUGUAUCAAAAACUAACUGAGAUAUAUUGUGCUGGGUGAAUAGGAUUCCUGAUAGCUGUGUGGCUGAAGUGCUUAAAUCACAAUGCCCUUUAAAAAACAGUUGUUACUUGCACUUCUUUGACAUGUAUGUGAUUCUUGCGCCCGAUGAUCCACAUGCAGAAGGUCGCAUUGGUGACAGUGGUAAGGAAAAACCCCUGUUUAACAGGAAGAAACCUCCAGCAGAACCAGGCAGAGGAGCAGCCAUCUGC